GUUCCUCUUUGUGUGUAUAGGGCGAUGCCUGUACACAAAUUUGAAGUCGGUCAGAAGUUACUCUGUUUCGAGCCAGACGCAUCUAAGGCAAAGGUGAUCUAUGUUGCAAAGGUGAGUUUAUCACUUUUUAUUCCAUCAACCACGUAUUUAUUGGCACAGAUACUGAGCCAGGUGCAUCAUGGGUCGAAUAUACCAUUCUAUGAAGUUCAUUUUCAAGGUUGGAAGGGCAAAUGGGACCGUGAAGUUCCCGAGAAUUUGUUACUGGAGAAUACUGAAUUUAACCGUAUGCUGAAGAAAAAAAUUGACGAAAUAAUUCGCACUGUUCGUUGUCGCGCGAAACUGGAGAUGAUAUUGACUGGGACCAAAUCCCGGCCGGCCCUAAACGCAAACGUGUUCAUUCCGAGGAAAAUAAGGCUACGGUACCAGAAAAUUCGUUACCACAAGAGGUCACGUUUUUGGACAAAAUUGCUUGUGAACUCACCGACUUUUCUGGAUCAGAGUCAUUGGAUGAAGAAGAUAUGAUCCAGCUUGAGUUUGAAUGUCUGCAGAUACACCGGUGGUUUUUUGUGCCUAUUGGACUUUCUUCUAAUCUUCUGUCCAUUCUAAACGCCAACCUCUCCGGCGCUGUGGCCACUCGAUCCGGCUGGUGUUCUGUCCUACAGUUAUUGCAAAGUUAUCUGGACGGUUUCCCUUACGAAUUUAGUCGCGCACAAUCAACCCAGCGUCAUGCUCGUCCUGAGCGCGCUUCUCGUACGCUCGGGCCAGCAUACGCUCAAUCUGAUCGCAACCGGAUAAUUUGCGCCGACGUCUGCUCAAGUCUGCGCGUGCUGUUUGAUAACGUGUCCGAGUUGUACAUCAGAUCGGAUGAGAGAAAAAACGCAGUGUACGGGCGAAUGCGUUUUACUAGCAAUGGUGGCGCAUUCCCGCUCGGCACCCUCGCACCGGACGUGAAAUCGUCGCACAAUUUCACUUCUCCACGACUGGAGCUUCUGCCGGCGUCCGCUGCUGUCGCGUCGCCGGAUUUGCCCAGCUUAUGUUACCCUGCUCACUACCUCCUGCGUCUGUUUCCCACUCUCUCCAAACUUCUCGGCUCCAUGUCAAUAACCACUUGUCGUCUCGCCAUUGUGACGCGCCACGUGUCCAUGUUACUCGACUACUUGGAUUUGACCAGGUCAUUCUGGUUCUCCAAAACCGAGCCACCUCACAAGGAAAGUGGAAUGCACCCGCCAGCAUCAUCGUCUUCGUCCACUUUCCAGGAGAAAAAGAAUACCUCUGUGACCGCCUCCGCUUCUGAAUCAUCUGGAUCUACUGAACCGCAGGUGCAGGGAUUUCGAUCCGUUCGACACGCAUCGCAAAGGCAUGCCAAUCCAGUCCUGGUGCCUCGACCUAAAGUCAUGCAGGCCGAAAACGAGAGCACAUUCCUGGAGGGUAAUGAAAUGAAGGCAGGACCUAUCAGGCGUUCAUCUGCUCACCGUACGCUCCGUUCUAGCGUGUCGGAAGAGCCAGAUGGUCAGCCUUCCACUUUUGAUGCCAGUGUCCCUAUGGGUGCUCUUACACGACGUAAAGAGACACAUCAGAAACCCAUCGAAGCAACUGAAGAUGUUCGUUCCUCCACCCGCUCAUCUCGCGAAUCGGCAUCGAGAACGGAUUUGGACGCAUCUAUUUUCACGAGGCUUCGUUGUACGAAUUGGCCCCCAAUUCCAGUAUUCUCCUCUCGUCGAUAUGUGUCGACAACAUCAAGUCGGAAAACCACCGACGCUGACAUUGAACCUCCAUUCAAAAAGCAUCGUGAUCCCACUUCCAUUAUUCGCAGUUUAAUGUCCUGCGUUCAGCCUUGUCCUGAUGCCCCUGACUUUCGUCUCGGGCCGGAUCCAUGGUUGGGAUCUAAGUUUAACGCGCGGAGUUUUUUGUUGGCUAGAGCGAAAGGACGCUUGGCAGCGCGAAUGGCCGUGCGCGACUUCUUUCCAAAUGAUAUAGCAGCAUUAGCCACCGAAGUUCCCCGUAUCAACCGCCUUCUCCCGCUACUUUCUCCUGACGAGAUUCUUAAGCGCGUCACCGAUGGAACCAUUACUCCUUCCGAUGCGAUGGAUCGCCUAAUUCUUCUCUUGGCUCCUCGACACGCCUGGAAGCUGUACAAGCAGAUCGCCCCAGAUGAAAAAUGGACCGACGAAACCUUGCAUCGUCUGCUCGAUUUGUUGUCUUCUACCAACACUGGGACAUCCGGGAAUCAAGUGUCCCCGAUCGAGUUCGACUUAUCAUCCCUUCCAGACCCGGAUGACAUGUACUACAUGCGUGAAGUGUCACUGAAUGUCAAAGCCCCCACAGUUAGUCCAGCGAGCACUGCUGUGUUUGCAAACCCAACAAUAGACGCAGAUGAUGAGGCAGGUGAUGCUGGCACAGUAGCCGAGUCGUCCAAUGUUGCCGAUAUCCUCACUGAGUUCUAUUCGGGAGCCUGGUCCUUGCAUAAUGCCGCGGAGGAAUUAUUCCUACGUGAAAAAGAACGUUUGCAAACUCCGAACGGUUAUUGCAGUAUGAUCCGGGGGGCAUCCAAGUUUCAUAGCCCCGCUCGCGCUCUACAAUUUGCUGAGCGUGCCUGGAGCACCCCGGCUGGAAAUGCAUGCUUAGAUAUGUCAACGUAUAGCAUUUUGCUUCGCAGUUUGUGCCACCUGGACGUGCCUAAUGUUUGGACCGUCGCCGAGCCCAUAAUCAAUCGCUUUGUGGCUUCCAGUCAGGUACCAGACAUGACCUUCUUCUCCUCCAUCCUUUUCGCGCUGGCCGAAUUUGUUAUCCGAGUGAACAAACCCUAUGCGUCUCCCGACCAAUUGGUCCUGAAGCAAUGUGUCUCUGUCGCACUGGGUUUGAUGAAUGAGAUACGAUCUCUCGGUCUGGAACCUUCUAUGGGCGUAAUGGCCAAUCUCUUAAAGGUACUACACUUCGCCCGUUUUUCACCACACAGACUGCACUCAGCUGAUUGGCGCAACUAUUCUGUUUCAUACAUGACGGAGAGCUUUGUCUCCGAACUGGAUCGGCGAUUCACUCGCCGACCUCCUUCUCGAGCCGAUCACUGGAUGCUGGACGAUUUUCAUUUUUUCACCGUGGCAAUGCGCGUCGCCUCAUUCGAGCGGAACCCAACUUUGGCUCAAAGGAUUGACCAGCUUCUGAUCGGUACGGAAGACCGACGAUUCUUCCUUGCUAACAGCCAUUUGCUGCGGGGUUACGUGAUUGCCUAUCUCGUACUUCUUCUGCAUCCGAAUGAAAACGCGAUGAAAUCCCCCUUACCAGUUGUUCAGCAAUUGGACACCCUAUAUCGUCGCCAUAAGGACACGAUUGUGACCACGCCCAAGACCAUGAAUAGUCUACUAUCUGUGAUUAAAAACGUUUUGCGUCCCUUUAUCGUGACUAAACCCAACAACGAGGUCAUCGCUGCCCGGUGCAUAGCCUAUUCAAUUUUGUGUACUAUCCUCCUCGACAUACUGGAGCACAUUCGUUUGUCUGAAGACGCAGCUCGUUCUACUUAUAUGCCCGUAAUAAUGCAAUUACUUGCGGACAAUGCUUCACUGGAUCCGCGUUUGGCUGCUGCUACUUCUGGACAGGCAUUGACAUGUUUAAAGGUUCAAGCCGCGAAGAUCUCGCGUUACCGUUUAAAUCCCGAACAUCCCGUCAAAUCAAAAGCUGAAGACAUUGCAUUUCAUGAAAAUCCUCGACUUAUAAAACACUUAAUCAGAAUGACUUUCCCGGAGGCGACUGAAGCGAUGCAGUACGUCGGUCCCUCUGCAUACCAAGCCAAUGCUUCUCAACGCUUGGACGCUCAAAAGGUCCUAACUAUCCUCCAAGAUUGGUUAGCUUACUGCGUGGAACUUCGGCUAGUCUCAUGGGAGUGGACACCAUCAGUCAUCGGUUUUUUACAUCAGCAGGAAGUUUCCCUCGAGUAUGUUUCACUCCAUAUGAAUUCUUACAUAACCAUAUUUAUAUUUGUCAUUAUCAUUAUACACGUUAACUAA